ACUGCAACACUGGACGUCGUCGUUUUAGAACGAGCAUUGCGGAGGAGCAUUGGGGGCUCCUCCGCCACCAACUUUCAGCGCCUCCUUUCCUUCACCAAGCGCUUGUCGUCGCACGUCAGCCAAGCUCGUCACGAUGAAGCCCUUGCUCUUUUCCACCACAUCCAAGCCUCCCUUGCCCUUCCUCUCGACGCCCAUGUCUUCUCCCUCGUCCUCAAGUCUUGUGCAGCAAUCCACCGCCCGCAACUCGGCACCGCUAUCCACGCCCAUGUUGCCAAAGCCUCCUUUCUCUCAAACCCAUUUGUCGCCUGCGCUCUCCUCCACAUGUACGGCAAAUGCGUCUCGAUUUUUCCGUCGCGCCAGUUGUUCGAUGAAAGUCCUCACCGAAAUGUUGUUGUGUGGAAUGCUAUGAUAUCGACCUAUACACAUUCUGGUUGUGUUCCUGAUGCUUUGAAGUUAUUUGAAGUCAUGGAUGUUGUGCCCAAUGUGUCAACUUAUAAUUCAAUCGUAGCGGGUUUGGCAGGUUUGGACGAUGGGUCGUUUAAGGCGAUUGCGUUUUAUCGGCGAAUGAAGGAAAUGGGGUUGAAGCCAAAUGUAAUAACGCUUCUUGCUCUAUUACCCGCUUGCUUAGGUGUAGCGGCUUUGAAUUUGAUCAAGGAAAUUCAUGGUUAUGCAAUUAGAAAUGAUAUUGACGCGCAUCUCCAGCUGAGUAGUGGCAUGGUGGAGGCCUAUGGGCGAUCUGGGUGUCUUGUAAAUGCGCAUAAUGUGUUUUGGGGUAUGCGGGAAAGAGAUGUUGUUGCAUGGAGCAGCUUAAUAUCAGCAUACGCACUACAUGGGGAAGCAAGAACUGCGCUGGACACUUUUCAUGAGAUGGAAUUGGCAAAAGUGCAGCCUGAUGAGAUCACUUUUCUGGGCGUACUGAAAGCUUGUAGCCAUGCAGGAUUAGCUGAUGAAGCAUUGGAUUACUUUGCUCGAAUGCUUACAGAUUAUGGCGUGGAAGCAAGUAGUGAUCACUUCUCGUGUUUAGUUGAUGUGUUGAGCAGAGCUGGGAGAUUACAUGAGGCAUAUCAUGUAAUCCGAGAAAUGCCGGUAAAGGUGACAGCAAAAGCUUGGGGUGCUCUUCUCGGGGCAUGUCGGACUUAUGGAGAGCCGGAGCUGGCAGAGAUUGCAGGUAAAGCUUUGUCCCAGAUUGAACCUGAUAAUCCUGCCAACUAUGUACUGUUGGCUGGAAUAUAUGCUAGUCUAGGGAGACAUGAGGAAGCUGAAAAAAUGAGAAGGGAAAUGAAGGAGAAGGGAGUGAAGGCUGCCCCCGGCAGUAGCUGGGUAGUAUUUCAGGAUUGAUAUUAGUGAAUUUUAAACCAUUUUUUCUCUCGUGAAUAGUGUUAUUUAGUAGACUAUUAUACGACUACCAUGCAACUUUGAUAAUGUGGCAAUGAUUUUAUGUUAUGUCAUGUCAUGACAGUUAUAUGAUAGUCAUAUAGCAAUCUAUUAAAUAUCAUUACUAUUUUCUUGUGAAGAAGAUGGAUAAAGAUGUGUAACACAUUUUGUUGGACGGUGAUCAAAAGGGGCUCUAUUUGAUCUAAUCAUGCAGAAAUAGCUAAAGUCAUCACUACAAUGGUCCUAUUUUAUGGCAUUAUAUCAUCAAGAUUUCACAUCAUUCUAAUUGUAUGACAAUUGUACUAAAUAUGGAUGAAGAUGUGUGAUACAUUUCUUGGAAAGUCAUCAAAAGGGGCUCCGCUUUGAUCAAGUCAUGCAAAAGAGCUGAAGCCAUCACUACAAUGGUCCUACUUUAUGGCAUUAUAUCAUCUGUGAAAUCUUGAUGGUAGUGGAUUUCAAUGCAUGUGAGAGUGAUAUUCUUCCUUGAAAGGCAUACUCUGUUUGACGUAUUCAUUUAUAGCUUACCAUUCUCCUGAUCCUCAGUUGAACAGAAAGGCUCCAAAAGAGGACCCUCAAGUUAGUAGAAAGCUUCUUAGAAAAGGAGAUAUCCUGAACUAAGAACAAGCAACAAAAUAUACAAGUAACAAUGUCAGAUCAGUAAGAUCGAAAGCCAGGCAUGAAAGCUCAGGAUUGUAAGGUUAAUUUUGUAGAUGUAUUUGGGCAGGAGUUUUGAUUUGAAAGUGUUCUCAUGACAAAAAGGUGAGAAAGUAUUUUUGGAAGUGUAUUAUGGUGAGGUUCACAUUUGAGAAAUUGUUUCAUGUAAAGUACACAUAAUAUUGUGAUUAUGCCGCCACUCCAAUUGUGGUUGACUUCUUGGCUACCUCGACCAGAUUGGGGUAAGAAGUCAGUUUCUUAAAAAUGUUUU